CAGGCUUUUCCAAAUUAUUGCUGAGCCACGCCGUUACAUUGCACAUUUGUUUGAGAACUUCUCGCACAAUUUCUAACAAUGAGGGAGAUUGUUCAUAUCCAGGCCGGGCAGUGCGGAAACCAAAUUGGUGCUAAGUUCUGGGAGGUGAUUAGUGAUGAGCAUGGGAUAGACCCAACAGGAACGUAUCACGGAGACAGUGACCUGCAGCUGGACAGAAUCAGUGUCUACUACAAUGAAGCCACAGGAGGUAAAUAUGUGCCAAGAGCUAUUCUUGUGGAUCUGGAGCCCGGCACUAUGGACUCUGUGCGGUCAGGACCUUUUGGGCAGAUCUUCAGACCAGACAACUUUGUGUUUGGACAGAGUGGGGCUGGUAAUAACUGGGCCAAGGGCCACUACACAGAAGGAGCAGAACUUGUGGAUUCAGUUCUGGAUGUGGUUCGUAAGGAGUCUGAGAGCUGUGACUGCCUACAGGGUUUCCAGCUCACUCACUCCCUGGGCGGGGGCACCGGGUCAGGUAUGGGCACCCUCCUCAUCAGCAAAAUCCGUGAAGAGUACCCAGACCGCAUCAUGAACACCUUCAGUGUGGUGCCUUCGCCAAAAGUUUCUGACACUGUUGUGGAGCCUUACAAUGCCACGCUGUCAGUCCAUCAGCUGGUUGAGAACACAGAUGAGACCUACUGCAUAGACAAUGAAGCCUUAUAUGACAUCUGCUUCCGCACACUCAAACUUACCACACCCACAUAUGGCGACCUCAACCAUCUGGUCUCUGCCACCAUGAGUGGUGUUACCACCUGUUUGCGCUUCCCCGGCCAGCUAAAUGCUGACCUGCGCAAAUUAGCUGUUAACAUGGUGCCCUUCCCCCGUCUGCACUUCUUCAUGCCCGGCUUUGCCCCUCUAACCAGCAGAGGCAGCCAGCAGUACCGUGCCCUCACUGUGCCUGAGCUCACACAGCAAGUGUUCGAUGCAAAGAACAUGAUGGCUGCCUGCGAUCCAAGACAUGGCCGCUACCUGACCGUUGCCGCUGUGUUCCGUGGCCGCAUGUCCAUGAAGGAGGUAGACGAGCAGAUGCUGAACGUCCAGAACAAGAACAGCAGCUACUUUGUGGAAUGGAUACCCAACAACGUCAAAACCGCUGUAUGCGACAUUCCCCCUAGGGGUCUCAAAAUGGCCGUCACUUUCAUUGGGAACAGCACAGCCAUCCAGGAACUGUUCAAGCGUAUUUCUGAGCAGUUCACAGCUAUGUUCAGGCGUAAGGCUUUCCUGCACUGGUACACAGGAGAGGGUAUGGAUGAGAUGGAGUUCACUGAGGCAGAGAGUAACAUGAAUGACCUGGUGUCCGAGUACCAGCAGUAUCAGGAUGCAACGGCUGAGGAAGAGGGGGAGUUUGAGGAAGAGGCAGAAGACGAUGCUUAAGAAGGAAACAAAGGGGGUGGAGAGAAGGGAACAUGGUGGUGUUUGGGGAAGAGGUAGUGUGUUCAAGUCUGGAUAAAUGUAGCAAAACAUUUGGAAGUCUCAAUCAGAUGAAGUAGAAAUUAGCACUAGACAAAUGAGGCCAAAAGAACCAGAGGUAUGCAGAAAGCAUGUUCUUUAACAUUGAAUGGAUGGAUAACAUGUGAGUGUUUAUGAUUCAAAUUCACUCACUUUUUUAUUGGAGGUUUUAUUUUUUUACCAGUCUUAUGUUCCUCUCUGUACACAAUAGGCAAGAAUAAAGUGUUAAAACAUCCAAUUACUCAAAGGCAGAGUGAAAUUUGUAGUUUUAUAUUUGAACGGGUCAGGCAGAUAUUGCGUAAGGACACAAAGGUUUGAAGGAAGCUGUAUUUGAGUGAGAACCAUUGAUGUAAACCAGAUAGGUGGUGUGGUCAGAGAGGAAGUCUACAUCACAUUUUUCUUUCAUUUUUCUGUUUGUUACUAUUGCACUAGAACAGGGAAACUCUGUGAAAUAACGGCACUUCGACGAACUCUUUGUGUCUGAUUUCAGUAUUUUGACAAAGCUUUUAAAGAGAAAUGUAUGUUUUGUGAAAGAAAAGGUCUAAAAGAAAGACAAGGUUCAGAAUAACAGUGUAAUUGAAUCUUAACCUUACUUGGACACCAGCCAACGUCUAUAGGAGGAAUUCAUUUGAUGAAUGAAAAGGGCAAAACAGUAAAGUGCUUUAUUAUGAAGAUUGAAGGACAAGGAAUUGUUGGAUUUAGCAUGUUGAAAUGAUUGUUAGUGCAAAUAUUAAAUUAAUUGACUCGUUAUUAUGCUAUAAAUUAUAUCCCAUAUUUGAGCAUAAUAAUUUUAAGUGUUACUGCAUUUUUUUAAGAUUUAUUUAAAUGUUUUUAAUAUCCCUUGCAUAUUGUUUGAUUUCCUGUAGGUAAAAACUGAGCCUCUGGAGAA